AUGGACGUGGGGACCCUCGCCAGCCACUGCCAGAGCUGCGGCGAGAGGGCAGUACUUGAGGCGGGGCAGUAUCAGCUGGCGCUCAGGGGCUUCAACCCGCCGGUCGUCCCGAUGGUCCACGAGGAGGAGCUGCCGAAGCAUUCUUGGCGAGUGACCCUUCUUCGAAGGGCCGCGAACCGAGUGCCCAACUUGAACGAAACUUUCUCGCCCGUGGCCUUUGGCAGUGUGCCCAACUUUCCACUGGAUGAGAGUAGCAGCACCACCGGCCUUUGGCGAGGAAGGACCUUCCCACAAGAAGCUGAUGGGGUUGAAUCGACUGUGGUGCCAGCCGAUGAUCGACUGAGCCCAAGUAGGUAUAUCAGUCUGACUUGA